AUGUUUCAGAGUGCUGGUACAGAGGUACUGAAAAGGUUUGCCCAAAAAGUUAGUUCUCCCAGUACGAAAGAGAGAAUAGAAGUUAUUAAAGAACUUGAUGACGCAGUUAAAAGAAAAGAAAUACCUGAGGUGGCUGUAAAAGGAAUUUUGAAGUUUUUGGUAACUACUAUAGGUUAUUAUAGAGAUAACAGAUCCAUCAGAGCUGUUAGUAAUGUAAUAACUUCUUUACUUACUGUUUAUCCUGAAGGUGCUGUUAAACAUAUAUCUUCAGCUUUAACUCCAUUUGCUGAUCAUAAAGCUAAAAUAAAUUCUGUUUGCCGUAGUAAUUCUGGAGAGAGUUUAGUAGCUCUAUCAUGGACAUGUAUUGCUUUAUCUAUUCUGAUAAAAUCACCUAAUGGUGUUGAUGAUUCUACCCUAGGACAGAUAGUAAGAAUACAGCUGUUAUUAAUAGAUAGUUGUCUAUCAGCUGAUAAUAAGAGUAUAACUAAAUCUACAUAUAGAAAACUUUCUAUACUUUGGUCACAGGUUAGUGUUAGUCUAGUUUCUUACCUUAUUGCCUUUUCAACAUUAGAACCAUCUCGUUCUAGUAUCUGUUGCUGUGCCCUAUUACUCAAAUAUUUCCACUCUUCCCCUGAAACUAGGAGUGUUAAAGAUGAAUUCAAGGUUCCCUAUCUAGAUAUUUAUUGUAAACAAGUUUUAGCUUCUAGAAGUAAGAACCCUCAACAUAUCUUGAAAUGGUCUAAAGAGAUAUUAGUGUACUGUUCAAGUGAUUAUUUUAAAACACAGUUACUACCUACUGCUCAGAAAGCUAUGUUACGUAACCCUGAAAUUAUUACUGAAACUGUAUGCUGUAUGCUCAGUGGUACAACAAUAGAUUUAAGUAAAUUUGCUUCUGAUAUUGGAAAGCUAUUGCAUGCUCAGCUAAUUAGUAAAGAUGAAAACUUAAGGAAAUUUGCUGAAUUGGGGAUGAAGAAUUUGGCUAACUAUUGUAGUGAUGCUGGAGCUGUUCUUAAACUUGUUUCUGAAACAUUUGCUGUUCUUGGUGGUUCUGAAGGUAAACUAACAAUAUUAGAACAGAAGUUAAGUGUAAUAACAGCUAUUGGUAAUUUAUAUUAUAACAUUGUUAGUGGUACAACCUCCGUACAGAAUAUGUCUUCUACUGUUGCUGAGUUAUUUAUACCUACACUUACCACCGAAAUUCAUGAAGGAACACUAGUCCAUUGUUUAUCUAUGUUACAAUUAUGGUGUUCUAAAUUUACUACUGAUGUUCCAGAAAAACUUAUACAAUGGUUAAAGAAAGGAAUGACCUUAAAAACAGCGACAUCUCCUGUACGAAAUGGCUAUAUAUUAUGUAUGAAUUCUGCGUUUCACAGUGAUACACUAUUGAAAGCGAAGGAAGUUUUACCGUUAUUACUACAGACAGUAGAGAAAGCUAGUAAACAACCUAGUCAAGUACCGCUAGUAACAGAAGCUGUCUCUGCAUGUUUAAUAUUAGAAAAAUUAGCUGUAGUGGAUAUAGGAGUUGAAUCAUCUCUAACUAUAUUUUGGAGUGUUAUAACUAAUAAACAACUGUUUGUUAAUGAUAAAUUCCUUCAGUCAGCCUCUGUUAAAACUCUACAGAAUAUCAUAACUCUAACAGAAAGACUGAUCUAUGACUUUCCACAGAAGAUGAAAGAUGCUAUCUGCAAGCCAUAUUAUAAAGCAUUAGUGUUCUGUUUGACCUAUCCAUCAGUAGAAGUACAAUCAUCAGCUACAUUCAGUAUAAAGAAGAUGAUGCAGUUUUUAUCUGGUUCUAAUUUCCAACUUGAUUUACUCUCAGAACUUACAGAUAUUCUUUCAAAUCUAAAAGUAAACUAUAUAGCCUAUAUGAAAAUGGAUGAAGAAGGGAAAGAAUCACAUCGUGAAACUAUCAAAGUUAUCUCCCCUAAAAUUAUUUCUGAAGCCUUGGUAACAGUGACAUCUGCUGUAUUUAUUAAAGGGAAAGAGGCUCAGUCUGUGAUUUUAGCUGCCAUUCCUAUCAGUCACCAUCCUUAUAUUGCUUAUCAUCAGAAAUCAUUAUGGAUAUCAAUAUUACUGAAACUCAAACAAGAUCCUGCUACAUUUAUUACUAAUAAUUCUGAUGACUGUUUUCAAAUUGUUGAAACUGGUGAAAAACUUACAGAGACAGAAGAGAAUAUUAUCAAGACGUAUAUUAUAUGUGUACCAGAUCUAUAUCUACCAAGACUAUUACAGUAUUCACAGAGUUUAUUAGUGGAUUAUAAAGUGACUAAUGUUACUAAAGAAGAGUAUGGUAUAUUUAUGACAGCUGAGGGUACACCGUAUGAUACAACUUUGAUUGACAGUGCAAUGCGUCAAGUGGACACUAAUAAGAAUAUGAAGAGAGAGAAUAAGGUUUAUAGCUACGCUGAACAGAUGGCAGAAAUAGAACUCAGAAAGGAAAUAGAGAAGACAGCAGGGAAGAAACCACAAGAGGCCCCCAAAUUGUCCAAAAAACAAGAAGAAUUAUUACAAAUACAACUACAAGAAGAGUCAGAAAUCAGAAAGAGAAUAACAGUUCUGUAUAACCGAGUUAGUUGUGGAUGUUCAAGUCUAUCAGCAGCAGUACAUGGUAACUAUUACAGUUGUUCCAGUAAGAUCAAAGAUAUAUUGUCUCAAAUAGUACCAUUAUUACAAUCACCACUUUCAGCACCCAUAGUUAGUCACUUCUUUCUACAACUUGGUCAACUAGCUUUUACCGAUAAAAACCUAGGUAAAUUAAUUGGUAAUGUUACAUUAAGAGCUCUGGAUCCUAAAGUGCCACUGGAUCCAUUGUGGACAAAGGAACCAAUUAACACCCAGGUAUCGCGAGCCGUCAUGUUGUUGGCAGAGAAAUCAACAUCACAGGAUAGUGAAGAAAAUGGAGAUGAAAUGAAAGAAGAAGGAAAUGAAGAAGAACCAGAAUUAUUUUCUGCGUCUGAAUUCGCCUAUAUUUAUUAUCUAUUGAACUGUGUGUUAAAAGGUGGAGCUAAUAUUACUAAGAAUGAGGAUGUUAAGAGUCUAGCUAUACAGUUGAUUGGUGAACAUGCUCAGAUGAGAACUACAAAUGGAGAACAGUAUGAUCCUUCAUAUUUACCAAGGGAGAAUCUAUACCAACUAUUAUUUUAUCUAAUUGGUACAACAGACAAUAAACCACAGCAAGAAUCAGUCGACGCUGUAUUAGAAGUCGCUAGAUGUGCUAAUGGAGAAGCUGGCGCCACUGUCAUAGAAUCAAAGGAAAUAACUCAAAUAUUAACAGCUCUUCAAUCUUCUUGUUUAACUGUUCGAGAUGUUGCAUUACAGUGUUUACUGGUAUUGGCAUCUGUAUUGCCUACUAUAGAAGAUAACUAUGAACUUGGUUUAAAGUUGAACAAACGUGUCUGGGUAGCUGCCAACGAUCCAGAAGAAUAUAUCCAAGAUCUUGCUAUCAAAUUAAAGACUAGACUAGGAUAUGAAGAACCCAUAGAAGAACUAUGUAAUGAUAUAGUAGAAGAUAUUAUACAUAGUGAAGAGGUUAUCAGAAUAUCAGCUGCUAGUACUAUGGCCCAGGUUUUACAGUACCACCCUGACAUGGUAUCUCCUAUAUUAUAUCAACUCUUAGAUCUCUAUCAACAAAAAUUAUAUAUGCCCCCACCAGUGAAAGAUGAAUUUGGUCGUUUGACUGAUGAUCAACCCACUGAUAUGUGGCCAGCCAGGUCUGGUAUAGCACUGACAUUAUGUAAAAUAGCACCAGUAUUACCAGCAGAUGAAGUAGCGCCAUUGUUUGAGUUCUAUGUACCUGGUGGAUUAGGUGAUAGAAAUGCUGAAGUUAGAUCUCUGAUGAGAGAUGCUGCCUUAGCUACUGUAGAAAAACAUGGCAUGACUAAAGUUGAUACUCUACUACCAGUGUUUGAAAAUUUCCUGAACACUGCCCCAGAAACAGAAGAGUACGAUGCAAUCAGACAAAGUGUAAUUAUACUGAUGGGAACACUAACUAAACAUUUAAAACUAGAUAACAAUCCUAAAGUUAAACCUGUCGUAGCCCAACUCAUAGCUGCUUUAUCUACACCUUCACAGGGGGUACAAGAAGCUGUAGCUAACUGUCUUCCUCCAUUAGUAGCAGGUAUAAAACAGGAAGCACCUGCUCUGAUAGAAAGAUUAUUAAAGACGUUAUUAGAAUCUGAGAAGUAUGCUGAAAGACGUGGUGCCUCGUAUGGUCUGGCUGGGUUGGUAAAGGGGCUAGGAAUCAUGUCUCUAAAACAACAAAAUGUUAUGACAACACUGACUGAAGCUAUUCAAGAUAAAAAAGAUCCUGUUAAAAGAGAAGGUGCUCUGUUUGCGUUUGAGAUGUUAUGUAAUAUGUUAGGAAAGUUUUUUGAGCCGUAUAUAGUCAACAUCAUUCAACAUUUAUUGUUAUGUUUUGGUGAUGCUAAAGGCUUUGUUAGAAAGGCUGCUGUAGAUUGUAGUAAAGCUGUGAUGAGGAAUCUUAGUGGACAUGGUGUUAAACUUAUAUUACCAUCUUUACUUAAAGGCUUGGAAGAAAACUCCUGGAGAACCAAGAUAGGUUCUGUAGAGUUAUUAGGUUCUAUGUCAUUCUGUGCCCCCAAACAGCUAUCAGCCUGUUUACCAAGUAUUGUACCGAAAUUAAUGGAGAUUUUAUUAGAUUCACAUCCUAAAGUUCAAGAUGCUGGUUAUCAUGCUUUACGUCAGAUUGGUUCUGUUAUCAAAAACCCUGAAAUUCAAGUCAUUGUGCCAACUCUUAUCAAAGCUUUACAAAAUCCAACACAUAAAACAACAGAAUGUCUUCAAAAAUUACUUGCUACCAAAUUUGUUCAUUUUGUUGAUGCACCAUCAUUGGCUUUGAUUAUGCCAGUUAUUCAAAGAGCUUUCCAAGAUAGAUCUACAGACACAAGAAAAAUGGCUGCCCAGAUUAUGGGGAAUAUGUAUUCUUUGACAGAUCAGAAGGAUCUUACUCCAUACUUACCGAAUGUUAUCCCAGGAUUAAAAGAUUGUCUAUUAGAUCCUGUACCAGAAGUUAGGAAUGUAUCUGCUAAGGCUCUGGGUGCUAUGGUGAAGGGUUUGGGAGAAGGAUCGUUUGAUGAUAUAAUGCCCUGGUUGAUGGAUAAACUGGUAGCUGAACAGAGCUCUGUUGAUAGAUCUGGAGCAGCAUUAGGUCUGAGUGAAGUAAUAGGUGGAAUGGGACUAGAUAAACUUCAUGAAUUAAUGCCAAAGAUAAUUCGUACAGCAGAACAGAAAGAUCUAGCACCCCACGUUCGAGAUGGUUAUAUCAUGACCUUUAUAUAUCUCCCUGCUACAUUCGGUCCUGAUUUCUCUACAUAUGUUGGUCCCAUUAUACCAUCUAUCUUACAGGCAUUAGCUGAUGAGACAGAGUUUGUAAGAGAUACAGCUUUACGAGCUGGUCAGAGAUUGAUUAGUCUGUUUGCUGAUACAGCUAUAGAAGUAUUACUACCAGAGUUAGAGAAAGGAUUGUUCUCAGAUAACUGGAGAAUUAGAUACAGUUCUGUACAAUUACUGGGAGAUUUACUAUUCAAGAUAUCAGGUGUCACUGGUAAAAUGACUACAAGAUCUACUGGUGAUGAUGAUAAUUUUGGUACAGAGUCUUCACAUAAGGCUAUUAUACAUGCGCUAGGAGAGGAUAGAAGAAAUCGUGUAUUAGCUGGGCUGUAUGUAGGGAGGUCUGAUACAGCUCUGUUAGUUCGUCAGUCAUCAUUACAUGUAUGGAAGAUAGUAGUUACCAAUACACCCAAGACAUUACGUGAAAUAUUGCCUACUUUGUUUACCAUAUUGUUGGGAUGUUUAGCUUCUACUAGUCAUGAUAAGAGACAGAUUGCUGGGAGAACUCUAGGUGAUCUAGUACGUAAAUUAGGUGAACGUGUUCUACCAGAGAUCAUACCUAUAUUAGAGGAAGGAUUAAACUCAGAACAGGCUGAUCAGAGACAAGGUGUCUGUAUAGGUCUCAGUGAAAUUAUGGCCUCUACCAGCAGAGAACAUGUUGUAAUAUUCUCCAAUAACUUAAUACCCACUGUAAGACGAGCACUGUGUGAUCCUUUACCUGAAGUUCGAGAAGCCGCAGCAAAAACAUUUGAUCAUCUUCAACAGAAUAUUGGACAGAGAGCUUUAGACGAAAUAUUACCCAAUUUACUUAAGAGAUUGAAUAACCCUGAUCUAUCUGAGCAAGCUUUAGAUGGUUUAAAACAAGUCAUGGCAGUUAAAAGUAAAGUUGUUCUUCCAUAUCUAGUACCCAAGUUAAUAACACCACCAGUAAACACCAGAGCUCUAUCAUUAUUAACAUCAGUAGCAGGGGAUGCUUUAACAAAACAUCUCAAUAAAAUAUUACCAGCUUUACUAACAUCUCUUACUGAAAAGGCUGGUACACCUGAUGAGAAACAGGAAUUAGAGUACUGUAGAACUGUGGUACUAUCAGUCAAAGACUACCAUGGUAUUAGAACUAUCAUGGAUGAACUGUUACAAGCCAGCUCCAAUAAAGAUCCUAAUUGUUGUGCAUCUGCCGUCUCCAUUUUAUUUUCAUUCUGUUCCCAAACGGAUGCUGAUUAUAAAGACUAUAUACCCCAGUUGUUCCGUGGGUUAUUGAUGUUAUUUUUACGAAGUGAAGACAAUAUUUUAGAUGGUAGUUGGAAUUGUUUGAAUGCUAUUGUCAAAAGAUUAGAUGUGACUGAAAUGUUGACACAUAUUGGAGAUUUAAGACAAGCUGUACGAUACGCUUCAUCUGAUUGUAAAGAUAAACAACUACCUGGUUUCUCUAUUCCUAAAAGGGGAAUAGCACCCAUAUUACCAAUCUAUAGAGAAGGUGUAUUGAAUGGGUCAACAGAAUUAAAAGAAUCAGCAGCUGUUGGAUUAGGGGAGAUAAUUACGCUAUCAACAGCCGAAGCUUUAAAACCAUCUGUUAUCAAUAUAACUGGUCCGUUAAUUCGUAUCCUUGGUGACAGAUUUACAGCUAAUGUUAAAGUGGCUUUAUUAGAAACUCUUAAUCUCUUGUUAGAAAAGGUUGGAGCAAUGUUAAAACCAUUCUUACCUCAACUGCAAACAACAUUCGCUAAAGCUUUAAACGAUCCUCAUCGUAUAGUAAGAUUGAGAGCUGCUUCAGCUUUAGGUCAUCUGAUAGUCAUUCAUACUAGAGUUGAUCCUUUAUUUACUGAGUUACAUACUGGUAUAAAAACAACAGAUGAUACUAGCAUUAGAGAUACUAUGUUACAAGCUUUAAGAUUUUGUUUAUGUGGAGCUGGUAGUAAGGUAUCAGAACCAAUUCGUAAACAGAUACAAACUACACUAGUAUCAAUACUAUCAAGUACAGAUGACAGUACACGAGGAGCAGCAGCAGGAUGUAUUGGUGCUCUAUGCUCAGUUUUACCACAAGAUGAACUGACAGAUUUAUUAAAAUCUCAUCUCAUGAAUAAAGACAAGAGUGUAGACUGGAGGUUACGACAUGGUAGAAGUGUAGGUUUAGUAGUAGCAUUAAAACUAUGUGCUAGUCAUGUACUAAACAGUAUUAGUCAAGAUACUGUUCUUGAUACUAUUAAAGAACUAAAUACCGAAGAUACAAUUUCCGUGUUACAAACGAGUUUCCAAGCAUCAGCCCAUCUACUGAAAUAUCAACUUGAUAAUUCACAAACAGUUUCACCAGAUAUCAUACAAAUUCUAGUUAAAGGAAUGAAACAUGAAUCUAAUGAUAUAAAAAUAACUUUAGCUAAACUAAUAUCCUAUUUAUCUUAUGACAAUAUUUUACCAACCAAUAUUCGUAAAUCACUAAUACCCUGUCUGGUAAACGGUACAAAAGAGAAAAAUACUGGAGUUAAAGGAAACAGUGAACAUACCCUGGUGGCACUACUCAAUUUGAGAGAAAAUGAUGAUAUUUAUAAGGAAACAGUAGAAGUUUUAGAGUCUGGUAUGAAGGAAUCAUUAGUAGAAGUUUAUAAUAAAAGUUUAAAGAAAAUUGCCAGUUCACAGGCUCCUCCUAGAGACCAAAUUGAUGAUACCUUAUUAACUUAGCAGAUAGAAUCUUUACUAAGUUUCUAUAUAAAUUACAGGGCUGAACUUAAACUAAUUAGAAUUCACCAAAACAAUAAUUUGUGAUCCACUGUGACAUAAAAUUGUAGCUUGGGUCCAUUGAAAGAAAAUAAAAGGGCUUGCCCUUUGUAAAUCUCAAUUUCUGAUGACCCAUUUGAUAUGUCAAUAGUAAGACAUAUCAGGGUUUAGAGUGUUGUAAUAUCAAUAUGGAUAAGUGUCUAAAAGGUUUGAUAAUUUGAAUUAAAGUAAGAAUGAUCUUAAAGAUAAAAGUAGGAUGAUUGAAACAAUAACUUAUUAUAUUUCCUAGUGUCUUGGAGGAGGUAAAAAGUUGAUUAAAUAAUUAAAUACAGAUAGACAAUCGAUUAAAUUCAGCCCUGUAUAUAUUAAAUUAUUUUGGUUUAUUUUAAAAUGAAAGUACUCUAUUUUUGUGAUUUCCACAUUUAUUUGGGUACCGUGUUGGACAGACCCACCAUAUAGUCUAUGCUUUUACUUUCUGAUAUGUAGCUAUCUGGGUAUCUCUCAAAAGCACUGACUUUAGCAUCAGAAAGCCUUCUUACUUUGAAAACUUAUGAUUGCUUCAUAUGGGUAGUUAAUACCUGCCAAAACUACCUGUAUAGCCGGUUCUAAUACAUUAUCAGUGAGAGUUAACACUAUCCCCACUCUGAAAUUCCAAAUUAUUCUUGCCUUGAACCUUAUUAAGGUGGAUACACAUAUAGCUCUUAACAAAAUUUAUUAUUCAAAUCAGUAAUUGUAACUAAGUUGUGGUAUAAUACAUAUUUAUUUUUCAUAUUGGAUGAUUUGAAUGAAUGAUUAAUACUUACUUUGUUGCAAUUAUUGUAAAAUUAUUAAUGUUAAAAUUUUUCUUUAACUGGCUCUCCAUCAUCUCAAUGUUAUAGACUUUUACUAAGCUUGAAAUUAUAUUUGACACCCCUAAUCCCAUUAUUAGACUACUCCACACAUGCAUGUUUUACAUCAGUAUAUAAACAGUUAUUUAUAUGUGGAAGAAUUGAUUUUUGAAAUCAGGGGUGGUUUUUUUGUUGCCUGUUCAUUUAUUUCCAAUGAAGAUAAGCUAUAUAUUUUUUAACUAAUAAUUUGUGUUGGUUCCUAUACAGUUUAAUUCUUGCUUUUUUUCUGUUUGCUUAUUGUUUGUAUCAUAAUACUGUAAAAUACAACAUUACAUCUUAUU